AUGUCGAAAGCAACUUUGGCAGUCAUUGCCGCUGCCAGUGCAGCCACCGGUGCCGGUGUCACUGCCCUGCUGUACUCCGGCAAACCCUCGAAGCCGCAACAACAGCUGCCAACGCCAACGGGUGUCCAUGCCUCGACCAUCACCCCCCCAACACUACCGACCAAAACCACCGGACCCGUGAACCCAGCCGGAAUCCUCCAAUAUGGCUUCCCGGGCCCUAUCGCCGAUGAGCUCUCCUCUCUUCCCCUCCACGGGGCCUAUGAUCGUCGCACCCGCAACCCUUCGUGGGUAGCCGAGCACAUCACACCGCAAUCUCUGGCCCUCAACAACGGAGACCGCAAGAAGAGCACUUUCACCGAGGACACCACUAUCCCUGCGAUGUUCCGGGCUAAACUGUCGGACUAUUUCCGCUCCGGCUACGACCGUGGUCACCAGGUGCCCGCCGCCGACGCCAAGUGGUCCCAGGAAGCCAUGGAUGGUACCUUUGCCCUGUCCAACAUGUGUCCCCAGGUCGGAGAGGGCUUCAACCGUGAUUACUGGUCGCACUUCGAGACCUGGUGUCGCGACCUUGCCAAGAAGUACCCCUCCGUUCGCAUCGUCACCGGUCCGCUGUAUCUGCCUCACCGUGACCCCGACGGAAAAUGGCGCGUGAAUUACGAGGUGAUCGGCACCCCGCCGAACGUCGCUGUGCCUACCCACUUCUACAAGGUGGUCUAUGCCGAGGACGGCACCAACUCGCCCUCUGCCAAGGUUGCUCUCGGUGCUUUUGUUCUGCCUAAUGCUCGCAUUGCGAAUGACAAGCGCUUGACUGACUUCGAGGUGCCCCUGGAAGCUGUCGAGCGCGCUUCUGGUCUGGAAUUCGGCUCCCAGCUGGAUCUGAGCCGUCGCCGCCGUCUGUGCCAGGAAGUUGCUUGCGAGAUCACUGUCCGCGAGUUCAACAAUGCUAAGAAGCGCUCUUGA